UCAUAUUUGUCACGUAAGAGUUUGGCCUCUGCCUGGAUCUGGUAUAAAAACAAUUAAGUGUGGCAUAUUGAGACAUUAGUUACCUUCGCAUCGAUCAACUAACCAAUUCAGUCUCAGAAUGAUGAAGUAUAUGUGCAUCUGCCUGUGUGCCAUUGGCGCUGUUUCGGCCAAGAGUUAUGGAAGUGGAUAUGGCGCUGGUGCCCCCGUGGGUGCCUAUGCCUACCAGGUGCAACCCGCUCUGACCGUGAAGGCCAUCGUUCCCGCGUACGGCGGCGGAUACGGCGGACAACAUGGAGGAUAUGGAAGCAACGCCUACACGGCGGCUCCUGUGGCCUCGGUCUACAGCGGUGCUGAUGGCUAUUCCGGCUCCGGCUACGGCUCCGGCUACGGCUCCGGCUACGGUGGUGCUCCGGCAGUCGAUAGCCAGGCCAUUGCCCUGGCCAAGCUCGCCCUGGCCGCCCCCAGUGCCGGAUCUCCAUUGUCGUGGAAGGAGGCUCCCAGCCACAUCCAGCCCGUCUAUCCGCCCAUCAGCUACGGACCCCAGGUGUACGGAGGCGCCGAGAAGGUCAAGGGCGGUUCGGCAGCGGCUGCCGCCAGUUCCGUGGCCGCUGGCCAGAAGGCGCAGUGGAAGCCCAGCUACUAAACCGCGAACAGUGAAUCCGAAUCAUAAGCAACUAGGUCAUAACAAUAAAAGCCAAACAUCAAGACUUA